AUGGAAAAUAAUGAUUCUAUGAAUAUGGAUAUAGAUGAAGAAUUAACAACAUCUAUGAAUAAUAAUAAUAAUACUCAACAACAAGUGGAUUCAGUUGAAGAAGUUGAUCUGUUUAGUACAAAACAUCAUUUAGAACAAUUAACACCUUAUGAUUGGCAUUUGUUGGCAAAUUCAAAUAAAAUAGUUGAAAUUAGUAAAUUAGGAGAAGGUAAUGGAGGUUCAGUUUCGAAAUGUUAUUUACCUGAUUUAUUACCAAAUAAACAAAUUUUUGCAUUAAAAUUAAUUAUAACUGAUUCAAAUCCAGAUAUUCAAAAACAAAUAUUUCGAGAAUUGGAAGUUUCUAGAAAAUGUCAACAUCCAAAUAUAGUUAAAUAUUAUGGAACAUUUUUAUUAGAAAAACAAUCAAUGAUUGGAAUUUCAAUGGAAUAUAUGGAUGGAAAAUCAUUAGAUAGUAUUUAUAAAGAAGUUUUAAAAAGGGAUAAAACUAAUAGAAUAAAUGAAAAGGUUUUAGGUAAAAUUGCUAAUUCAAUUUUAAAUGGUUUAGAUUAUUUGCAUCUGAAAAAUAUCAUUCAUAGAGAUAUUAAACCUUCAAAUAUUUUAUUAGAUACUAAAGGUAAUGUUAAAUUGUGUGAUUUUGGAGUUAGUGGAGAAGCUGUGAAUUCAUUUGCUUCAACAUUUGUGGGAACUCAAUAUUAUAUGGCACCUGAAAGAAUAACAGGUGGUAAUUAUUCAAUAAGUAGUGAUAUUUGGUCAUUAGGUAUGUCAUUAUUAGAAGUUGCUAAUGGAGAUUUCCCAAUUGUUUCAUCAUUGGGUCCUAUUGAAGUAGUUGAAAUGAUUCUGAGAAGUCAUUUAGAAUUAAAAGAUUUUGAAGAAGAUAAUAUUUAUUGGUCAAAUGAAUUUAAAGCAUUUAUUUCAAAAUGUUUAAUUAAAGAUUAUAGAAGACGUCCGAAACCAGGUGAUUUAUUAGCAUCUGAUGAAUGGUGUUUGAUUCAACUGAAGGAAAAAGUAAGAAUGGAUAAAUUUGUUAAAGUUGUUUGGGAAUUAAAUGAAUAA